AUGAUCGGUGUGGAGCCCGCGGGGGCCAAUGCGUUGGCGAUGUCCCUGAGCAAGAGCUACCGUGUGCGGCUGUCUGCCGUGGAUGCUUUUGCUGAUGGUGUUGCUGUGAAGCAGGUUGGCAAGGAGACCUUCAGGCUGUGCCAGAAGGUCGUUGAUGGUGUCGUUUUGGUCGACAAAUCCGAAAUCAGUGCUGCAAUAAAGGAUGUGUACAACCAGACACGCUCGAUUUUGGAUCUGGCAGGGGCGGUGGCAGUAGCUGGGGCCAAGGCAUAUUCAACUAGAUACGGCAUCAAGGUCGCGAUGGUGUCCACGAUGCCGCACGAUCUGCCGCUGGUGACCCCGCGAGAGUGGACACGUCACUUCGCGAUCUCGCUGGGCAACACAACGGAUCUGCGCCUCCUAUAG